GGCCGUGACGAGCAGAGGAGGGAGACUGUGAUGUCUGCACGUUUGAAAGGUUGAAAGGCUCAGGACGUGAAACGCGUGAGCUAUUUCAGGCCCAAACACUCAGAAGCUACAGAGGCACAGCUAUCAACAUACAGAGAGCCACAGACAGGCCAGCUGUCCGAGGCAUACAGCGACCCCGAGGCAUACAGCGACCCCGAGGCCAGUGUUUGUUUUACUAGGAUACACAGGAGGUUUGAUGGGGUCACGUCACUGGACUCAGUUCUGCCCCGGGGUCGUUCUUCACAGCAGAGUUCAGGAUUGCCCUACAAUGUCUGCGGUGGCUUCUCUGCAGUAAGCACUCAAAGGUUAUGCUGCCCAAAAGCUGUCUGAGUCCCAGUGAGAAAGAGAAGGGCUAAAGCCGCACUGAUCCGCACCCGCUUUCCAGAUCCUCUCCAGCAGCGACUCCACUGCUGAGCCAUGAGCAACCCCAGCACUCCCAAACGGAUUACAGAUGCCGUGGCAGCUGUUAUUCACAGUCCAGAGGCGUCGACCUCGGCACUGCACGGGACUCCACGCCCAGAGGAGGAGGACGAUGGCGACCUGAACAAGGCUUUGGGCGUCCAGCGCUUCCAGCAGAUCCUCAGCCCCGCUGCUGCCGUACCCGAUGAGCAGCACCACAACUACCAUGAGGAGGACAUUGAAUACCACCGUCACUCCUCUCACCACAUCCACCGGCCUCUGUCCAAACUGCCCUCGGACGGACGCAGGAAGAAGGGCGGCAAGAAAAGGAAGAAGGACAAAGAUCACAAAAGCAUCCUUGCUCCCAGCGGUGGCCCCAUAGAGGAAGGGGAGGAGGACGAGGAGGAGGAAGAGGAAGGGACGGAGGUGACUUCUGGCCCUUCUGAGUCAGAGAAAGUCAAAGAUGUGGAGUUCUUUCUCUCGGAGGACGAACAUGUGGCCAAACACGACACAGAGAGCUCUCACUCUGCCAGAGAGCUUGAGAUCGUUCCGCAGUCUGGUGUCGGGUCAGAUACUGAUGUAUCAUCCAACGAGAAGCUGGGCUUAUCCGACUCUUCCAGCCCCUCGCCACAGCCAGGGCCACCCGAACACCCACCGCUGACCCGGUUGACAUCCGCCAGCCGCGGCUACGAUCUGCAAGAACGCCGGCGAACGGGCAACAUGACGGGGGCUGAGCAGGCCAAAUACCAGCGCAUCGCCACUGAUGAGUGCGAGGCUCAGACUCUGGCCUCCGCUGAUCUGGACGGCAUCAAGAGUCAUCGUUUUGAAGAUGUUCCCGGCAUGCGCAGACACCUGGUCAGAAAGAGCACCAAGGGACAAAUGGUGCACAUCGGUAAAGACCACAAGGAGCCGACCACUCGCAGCCGCAAGCAGGACCGAACACCACAUGAGCGGUUACCGGUGACUCUGUACCGCUCUGUCUCACGACCAGAAGCCUUUCUGCUGGACUCGGUCUUUGGGCAAAUGGCUCAGUACAAGAAGGUGUUUGUGGAGCUGAAUGAGCUGAUCAUGGACAAGAACCAGGAGAUGCAGUGGAAGGAAACGGCCCGUUGGAUCAAGUUUGAGGAAGACGUGGAGGAGGAGACGGACCGCUGGGGGAAGCCUCACGUGGCUUCUCUGUCCUUCCGUAGUUUGCUGGAGCUCAGAAAGACCAUCUCGCAUGGUGCAGUGCUGCUCGACCUGGACCAGAAGACCCUCCCUGGCAUUGCCCACCAGGUGGUGGAGCAGAUGAUCAUCUCUGAUCAGAUCAAAGCUGAAGACCGAUCCAAUGUCUUGAGGGCACUGCUGCUUAAACACUGUCACCCGAGCGAUGAGAAAGAGCACCACAGCCCCUUCCCCAGGAACAUCUCCGCAGCCAGCCUCGGCAGCCUCAUAACACACCACCACAAUGCCAACCACAGCCACCAGCCGGAGCGAUCUGUCACUGAACCGCUCCUGAGCACCGGCCACCCCACUGGAGUCGCAGGAGACACGCGCAUAGACAUGGAGAAGAGCGAAGUACAGAAGGAGUCGACUCCGGUGCCCGGUAUGCCACGGUCCAAGUCCAAACAUGAGCUGAAGCUGCUGGAGAAGAUUCCUGAGAAUGCUGAGGCCACGGUCGUCCUUGUGGGAAGCGUGCACUUCCUGGAGCAGCCCACCAUGGCGUUUGUGCGCCUGCAGGAGGCGGUGGAGCUGGAGUCCGUCCUGGAGGUCCCCGUGCCCGUCAGGUUCCUCUUUGUUCUGCUGGGACCUUCCUCCACCAGCAUGGACUACCAUGAGAUUGGACGCUCCAUCUCCACACUCAUGUCUGACAAGCAAUUCCACGAGGCAGCCUAUCUGGCAGACGACAGGCACGACCUGCUGAACGCCAUCAACAGCUUCCUGGACUGCAGCAUCGUGCUGCCGCCGUCGGAGAUGGCGGACGAUGAGCUGCUGCGCUCCGUCGCUCGCUUCCAGCGGGAGAUGCUGCGCAAGAGGGAGGAGCAGGAGGUCAAGCUGUUGGCCAAGGAGCCCAAAAGUUUCGAAGAAAAAGAGGCUCUACUCUUACCCUCAAAGAAAGACGACCCUCUAGAGCGCACGGGACGCCCCUUUGGUGGGCUGGUACGAGACGUGCGUCGACGUUACCCAAAGUACUUAAGCGACUUCAAGGACGCGCUCAACAGUCAGUGCAUGGCUGCCGUGAUCUUUAUCUACUUUGCUGCUCUCUCUCCAGCCAUAACAUUUGGAGGCCUUCUGGGUGAGAAAACGGACGGUCUGAUCGGAGUCUCGGAGUUGAUCGUGUCAACAGCCGUGCAGGGUGUGAUCUUCUGUCUGCUCGGAGCUCAGCCGCUGCUGAUUGUGGGUUUUUCUGGACCCUUGCUAGUUUUUGAAGAAGCCUUUUACAGUUUCUGUAAAGCCAAUGAGAUGGAGUACCUAACUGGCCGGGUCUGGAUCGGGUUUUGGCUCAUCAUCAUCGUGUUUGUUACGGUGGCCUUCGAAGGCAGUUUCCUGGUCCGCUUCGUCUCCCGCUUCACCCAGGAAAUCUUCUCCUUCCUCAUCUCGCUUAUCUUCAUCUGCGAGACCUUCAUCAAGCUCAUCAAGAUUUUCAAGGAGCACCCACUGCAGCGCUGCUCCCUUGACAACAACACAGAAGGGGGCACUGCAACAGAAAAUAUCACCGUCAUGAUGAGUAACAGCUCCCUGCCUGUGGCGGUGAAGGUCAGAGGAGAACCUAACACGGCUCUGCUCUCUCUGGUCCUCAUGGCCGGGACAUUUUUCAUCGCUUUCUACCUGCGCAAGUUCAAGAACAGCGCGUUCUUCCCCGGAAGGUUUCGCAGGAUUAUCGGAGAUUUCGGGGUGCCCAUCGCCAUCCUCCUCAUGGUCCUGGUGGAUUACAGCGUCGAUGACACAUACACACAAAAACUGAGCGUUCCCGAAGGUUUCUCUGUGACGAGUCCCGACAAACGUGGCUGGAUCAUUAAUCCUCUGGGUUCAGACGGAGAAUUCCCAAUCUGGAUGAUGUUCGCCUGCUGCCUGCCCGCUCUGCUGGUCUUCAUCCUCAUCUUCAUGGAGACUCAGAUCACCACCCUGAUCGUGAGUAAGAAGGAGCGGAUGCUGGUGAAAGGUUCUGGCUUCCAUCUGGACCUGAUGCUGAUCGUGGUGUUGGGCGGCACCUCGGCGCUGUUCGGCCUGCCGUGGAUGGCCGCCGCCACCGUCCGCUCGGUGACCCACGUCAACGCCCUCACUGUCAUGAGCAAGGCUGUCGCCCCCGGAGACAAGCCCCGCAUCCAGGAGGUGAAGGAGCAGAGGGUCACCGGGCUCCUGGUCUCCAUCAUGGUCGGCUUGUCCAUUGUAAUCGGUGACCUGCUGCGUCAGAUCCCCCUGGCUGUGCUGUUUGGGAUCUUCCUCUACAUGGGUGUGAUGUCUCUGAAUGGCAUCCAGCUGACGGAGCGGAUGAUGCUGCUGCUCAUGCCGCCCAAGUAUCACCCUGACCACACCUACGUGCGCAAGGUCCGUACGCUGCGCAUGCAUCUGUUCACCAGCAUCCAGGUCGUGUGUUUGGCCGCUCUGUGGGCCGUGAUGUCGACGCAGGCGUCUCUGGCUUUUCCCUUCGUCCUCAUACUCACCGUUCCUGUCAAGAUGUUUGUGCUGCGCCGCAUCUUCAACGGCCGAGAGAUGGCAUGUUUGGACGCGGACGACGCGGAGCCAAAGUUUGACGAGCGCGACUGUCACGACGAGUAUUCUGAGAUGCACAUGCCCGUUUAACGGUCGCAAGCGCUGACGACUUGUGCGGGACGCACCCCACAAUGGGAGUCCCUCCGACAUGAAACGCUUCUGGGACUGAAAAACUUGACGCCACAUCAGCUGUGCACCACUGACCCGCCACAUCACGAAGACAUCAGCGCACAGUACGUCAAAAGCGUAUUUAGGCGUUACUUGGGUCACUAUUUAAGUCAUUUUUAUUAAUAUUAGCAGAUUGUUUGGUGGGGGGGGGGGUCUGAUUGUUCUGAUUGUUGACAACACUUGAAAGUGAAAUCCUACUGUUGUGAGUGAGUGGGUCACUCAUUGCACACGUUUUUAAAACAUGAAUUUCAGGGGCAAAGUAUUCCAAAUCAAAUGAUAUUAAUCUGACGCUCAAAAUGAAUCGCGGUAAAAGUAGAUACGUUUUAGCCCUGAAAUGUUGCUCUCAUUCACAUUGAAUAUGUGGAGGAUAUGUGAUAUACAUUCCUUUAUAUUAUCAAGCUGUAGUUUUUGCUAUUCUACUUUGUUGCUUUUGUGUGUGUGUGUGUGUGUGUGUGUGUGUGUGUGUUUUAAGCUCACCAAGCGCCUUAUGAAGGAAAUAAGCAGUAUACUGAGAAAAGGUUAUUUUCCCUCAUUCUGUCUUAUUUUAGACAGCCGAUCACUUUACCCGCCUCCUGAAGCUCGUAGCACUUUUUAAAAAAACACCAAAUCAGAACAAUGACUGUAUUUAACGUAAUCAUUUUAUCUCUUUAGCGUCCGGUAAAUUCACAAAAUACCAGUGUUGUUUUAGCUUGCUUGUUAGAUCAUCUUUGGUUGAUUUUUUUUUUUUAGCCUGUACUUUUGUAACUGAUUAAUUUGUUGUACUAAUGUUUAUUUGAGGGGGGGGGGGGUUUGUUUGUCAAAGUCUGGGUCUGUAAGUGAAUUUAAAUCACCAGCAGAGGGAGAUGUUGCAGGACUGCAGUGAUUAUGAAACCAAACAGAACACAAACUCUGGUUACACCAGGACACAUGUUUAUGAUUAUGAUCACAGUAGGAUAAUUAUCAUAAUAAUAAUAAUAAUAAUAAUAACAACACAGAUGAUUAACGCACUAAUGUUCUGCUGUAACUUGUCUCACAUGGGUUCGGUUGGUUUCUGGGAAUCGAUGUAAUAUUUUUUUUUUUGGGUGUUUUCUUUGUUCAAGUGCCAAACUGUGGCUCAUGCGAAUGGUGUUGUUUUCAGAUCAAUAAGCUGCAGUUCAGUUCAAAUCCUCUCAAAUCUCCCUAACUGUGUUGUUUUCAGAUAAGUUUAGGCCUAAUCAACAAGUUUCUUUCUCAUGGAACAUUCCUUACUCAAUCAAAAUUAAAUUCUUUUGCUAAUUAAAAUGAUUUUAUUCAAACUGACCGAAUUGAUACAAAACCUGUGUUGACAAUCACAAUAUUGAAGCAUUUCGAAGGCUUUUUAAAUAAUAUAUAUGUGUUUUUUUUCAUUUCAUGUUGUAACUUGUAUCAGUGUAACAGAACAGUUCGCUCCUCUGUUACACUUCCUUCCCUUCUGAACUGUCCCAUCACUGGUGUGAUCUUGUGCCUGUUUGGUGUCACAAAGUUGCACAAAAUUAAAAGAAAAGAAAGAAGAAAAAGUGCCUGUUGGGACCAUGAAGUGACGCUGUACAGCUACAAGUGUCUGUUGUGUUUGAAAAAGGGCGACACACGUUACAGUAGUUUGUACUUUUAAUGUGCUCAUAAAUCAAACAGCUCUCCAUUAUUUAUCCGUCACAAUAUAAGGCAUUAUUGCUUUGUCAGGAGUGUGUCACACAACCUUAGUUUUUCUUAUGUACACACACACAUUUAGCUGCAACAUGGCCAUGACACUGAAGGAGGAUAUUUAUGAGAUGAAGGCAGUGAAGUACACUGUCCGUUUUAUGUCUGUGUUUUGUGCCUGUGAAUGAAGUGAAGGUUGUUUAUGUGCAUCAAAGUAUUUGUCGACGAUGUGAAAUGUGUUAUCCAUUUCAUAAGCAAUAUAAAGUCUGUGAGGAUAUUGCUGAUGCUCUCUUGUACAUUAAUGGUUCAAAUAUUGAUGACAAAUAAAAAGUUAUUUUCUAUUUA